AUGUGCCAGUGUCCUCCUGUUCUUAGCUCUAGCUCCCAGUCUAAUUGCAAACCAGACAUUACAUCGCCGUGUAAUCACUCGAAGGAUUCUUUACAACUAGUAGAAGCCGGGAAUGGGCUCAGCUAUUUUGCACUCCAUUUCGUUACGCCCACCUCUAAAACUGAUUUAGACGGUUGCAAAGCCUCUUGCAGCAGUAAUUGCUCGUGCCUUGCUCUCUUCUUCGAUCAGCACUCAGGGAAUUGCUUUCUUUUUGACGGGAUAGGAAGCUUCCAAAAAAUCAAGUAA